AGCUUCUCAUUUCAUUUCGGUGAUUUUAGAGUCUGUGAAAUUGAUUUUGUCUUCUUCCCGAGGAGAGGAGAUUUGUUCCGUUAGUUAGAGAACGAGACCAUGUCGUGGCUGCGAACGGCUGUUAACAAGGCGGUGGAGGUCGGAAACCGCAAAAACAUCACACGAACCGUCAAGAACUACGCCGACUCCGUCGUUCAGCAGGCUGGCCAAGCCGUCGCUGAAGGAGCCAAAUUGUUCCAAGACCGCAUUCGUGUUGGGGCGUAUAAGAGUGUUAACCAGACGAUUCAGAGAUUGGAGGAAGCUGCGGUCUCCUUCAGGGGUCAUGAAAGAGCGUUGCUUAUUACCAGAUGGUUAUCUGUGCUUAAGGAGAUCGAUAAAGCUACUGGAGGAGCUUCCGUCAAGGAUAAAGAUGUGACUUCUGAGGAACAAAUUGCUUAUGAUGAAGCUAAGAGGCGUGAAUGGGUUUUGUACUACGAUCCAGAUAUAGGAGGUCAGCCACUAAACUUCCGUGAUGUUUUUCUGCAAAGUCAAGCUCUGGAGGGCAUCGUUCUGUCCAUGAUUAUGGAGCCACCACAUGAUGAGGAAGUUACCCUACUUCUGGAGAUGUUCAGGCUUUGUCUGAAUGGAGGAAAGGAAGUUCAUGAUGCCAUAGUCAGCAGUAUGCAGGAUCUUGCUACAGUCUUUUCGAGUUACAAAGAUGAAGUGCUUGUUAAGCAGGACGAAUUGAUUCAAUUUGCCCAAAACGCUAUCACAGGGUUGAAGAUUAAUGCUGAAAUGCUGAGAAUUGAUGCUGAAGCUUCUGAUCUUAGAAAAAAACUCGAAAAGAUGAACGCCUCUCAAAUUCCACAGGAGAGUGAAGACAAGGAAGUUAAAGCCGCUCCAUUAACAAUAGAGGCUCUUAAAGAAACACUUGCAAAGAUUCGUCUUUGCUCCAGAUUAGAAGCGUUGUUAAAUAGAAAGAGGCAACUAAGCAACGGUGAUUCACCUGAUAUACAUGCUCAAAAAGUCGACAAGCUCAAGGUGUUAUUGGAAUCUUUAGCAAAUUCGAUUUCCAAAGCUGAGAAACGAAUAUCCGAAAACAGACUUCAGAAAGAAGAGGCACUCAAAGCUCGCGUGGUGAAAGCAGAUGAAACCGGUGAAAAGGAAAAGGAAUUGAGUGCGGAGAUUGCACAGCUUGAGAAACAAAGAGAUGAGUUGGAAGCUGAACUGAAGAAGGUUAAUAUAACAUUAGCUGCUGCUCAAGCUCGGUUCCGUAAUGCAACAGAGGAGAGAGAUCAAUUUGGUGAAGCCAACAAUCAGAUAAUCGCUCACCUGAAAACAAAGGAGGAUGACCUUUCCAAAUCAGUUGUAGCUUGUAAGAAAGAGUCAGAAGUUAUCAAGACUUGGAUUAAUUUUCUAGAGGAUACAUGGCUUCUUCAAUGCUCAUACACCGAAACAAAGGAUAAACAGACUUUGGACGAAUUGGAGAAGCACGAGGAUUACUUCUCGGAUGUGGCUUUUAAUAUACUCACAACGUACAAGAAGGAAGUGACACCUCUAGUACGCCGUAUAGAAAACUAUGUGGAAAAUCUGAAGAAUCUUGGUCCUGGGUUGGAGAAGCCACCAAAUGCAGAUCAGGGGGACAUUCAGGUUGCAAACCCGAGGAAGAGCCUGGAGCAGGAGUAUCUAGACUAUGAGACUAAGAUCAUUGCGACGUUCAGCAUUGUGGAUAACAUGAAAGAGCAUUUCCAAGUCCUCCAAAGCAAACUGGAAAAGAAGGACGACCGGCGUGUGAAAGAGCUAUUUGAUGACAUGGAGAAACUGAGGCAGGAGUUUGAAGCCAUAGCGAGGCCAACGUUAGAGAUAGAGACUCCAUCUCCUAAAAGCGUUGCGUCAUCACCCAAAGCCCCUAAGCCCAGCAGUAGUAGCAUGGAUGCUCCACUCGAAUCUACUACUACUGUGACACAAAAGCCAGCGGUGAGCGAGACAGCACCGACUACAACUACUGCUGGUUCGAGUCGAGAGUUUAACCAUGAAGCUGAGCUAGCGGAGCUUGAAUCUGAAUUUGGUAAAGUGGCUCGUGAUUACACUGCAGAUGAGGUUGAUGGAUGGGAAUUCGAUGAACUAGAGAAAGAACUGCAGUAGUAGUUGUAGUAGUACCUACCUCAGCAACUCAGAAUAAUAAUGAUCAUCACAUGCAUGCUCUCAUACAGUGAUUUGUGUUUUUAUCUUUUACCUUGGACAUAACUCUCAAAAGUUCCUUCGCUGAUCUUUUAUGGUAAUCUAUGGAAACUGCUUGUUGUAUGUCUACUUGGAACAAAUGAAAGCGCUUAGUGACGUGAACUUUUUAUACUGGUUAA